AUGGCGGCCAACCUGGACCAGUUUCAUGGAGGUGAGCUGAGGGGAGGGCGGCAGAGUGGCAGAUCUGGGCAGUGGAGAGGGUGGGGGAGGGACCUGACGCGCGCAGGGUGUUUGGCCGCUGCUGGGAUGGCUGACGUGGCUGUGGAUGCACUGGCGGACCUUGGAUGAUGUGAUGUGUCGUUCUGUGUGUGUGGUUGUGUUGUGUGUGGUCAGCUGAGGUUCGUGUGAAGACGACGGAUGGCGCUGAGCAUCAGGGGCGCAUCUUCUGUUACGACGUCACCAACUGCUGUGCGCCCUUCCAGUCUGUCAUCCUCCGUGAGCCGACCACUCACGCACACGGACCCGCAGCCAGCCAGACACACAAGGGCCGUCCGUUUGGUGAAUGAGUCAUUGGGAAUGCUGUCUAACUGCAGGUGUGCAUCACCCUGAGAUGCACACGUGCAACUACGUCUGGCUGGCCACUGAGAACAUCACUGAGCUCAAGGCAGUGGAGCCACAGACACCGGUAUGGUAUGCACACGCCACGCCUCAUCGAUCCGCUCACUCCUGCGUGUGUCACGUCACGGAUCGUCCAUCGUUCGUUCAGGAGCCUCCCAUUCACCUGGAGAACUUCGACCCGGCCGUGGCUCAGCGCAGGCGCGAGGCGGCACUAAGACACCACCACAGCACGCGCCACCUCAAGGGUGUGGGGGUCGACCCAAAGGGCGAGAAGGUCAUCGAGGCACUGGCAAAAAUGUGAGGGAGCAAACCACGCCCCUGAGGCAAGACACGCAAGACACACAUCUGUGUGUGGGGAUGUGGUGUGUGUGUCAGCAAUCCCGAGCGCUCUGUUCGUUGGGAGGACAAGACCAUCUGUGUGUGGGACGUGCGCAUCGACCCCCCCUACCGCCCCGAGGACUGUCGCGGAGGGGAGGCCACAGACAUCAGACUCUUGCAGCGAGUCAAACACAUGGUACACACCUACCCUACCGCACACAGACCGACGCCACCACUCACUGUGGACGCCGUGUCUCUGUCGCUAGGUGGAGAACAUUCACCUCAGGGAGGAGAAGCGCGUCCGCCAUCUCACUGAGAAGGGCCAUCUGUCGUCCCCCUCCCCCUCCCCGCCCCCCGUCCGCCGCGACCACUCGGCGCCACUCCCCAGCGCCACUCAGGCGGCCUCAUCAGCGGCUGGCGGCCUGCUGCCCACUCCAUCCCAGCCACGCAACGCGCCAGCACGGUCGGGCGGCAGGGCCCUCCAGCCGGUGCCAGAGGAGGAUGAGCACCACCACAACAAGGAGAACAACGUCCCUGGCCCCACCCCUGCUCCCGAGGUGGGGCGCAACGGCCGCAGCAAGCGUCACCCGAGCCACGACAAGAAAGACAAAGACGGCCAGCAGCAGCAGCAGGAGGCCAGCAGCAGCGGGGCGGGUGGGACUGAUGGCGGGAAGGCCAGAGGGGGCGACGGCGAGGGGGCCCCGGCUCCCGCAUCCAACAGGCCCAAACACGCCUCCUCACGCAGAGGGUGGGAGAAGCAGCAGCCCAACGCUGCUGCAUCGGCCGCUGCUGCUGCUGCUGCUGCUGCCGCCGCGGCCUCUGCCGACAAACACGACGGUGAGGACGGGGGGAAGGAGAGGAAGGAGAGGGGCAGUGGCGGCGGGGCUGGUGGGGGCAGUGACGGUGUGGAGGGCGGUACGAGGGACGGGGAGGGGGCCAUGGCCACCAAUGGGAAAGAGGCGGACGAGGGAUGAAGGAAGGGUGAAUGCAAUGCGUGUGUGUGUGCAUGUUCAUCGGGGGAGGGAGGGGGAGGGGGUGUACUGUUAUGCCUGGAUGGAUGGAUGGACGGAUGGAUGGAUGAUCGGUUGGUUGGUUGAUGCCUAUGGAAUGGUCUUGUGUGUGUUGGGUGGGCAUUCAUUGUGUCGCCGAGGACUUCGCUGAGUGAGGCAAGCGAUGCGAUCGAGGCACGGCCCGCUUCGAUGCACCGCUUGACCUUGUGGCUUCUUCGAUGGCAUGAUGGAUGCCCCACACACACUCCGACGCACACUACACUACACGCACAUAGACAGACAGACAGACAGACAGCAAUAAACAGAGAGUUACCGGACAAGCUCAGAAAAGCGCGCGGCGCGGCAGAUCGACAUGUUCUUACUCUGUCAGCAAAGCACGACGAUUCCUCUUGGCUGGCGGCAUAACAGGACUCGACCGUAGUAUGUGACCAUGCUCUGGUCGACGCCUGCGAUGCCGCCGUCCCAGGGGGGUCACCGGCACACUGACAGCCAGACAGUCCUGACCUUCCGAGCACACCACACAUACUAUUAGCGAGUUGAGUGUCGUGAGGCACUGACUGCCUGCAGUGAGGAGGACACGACGGACCAAUGCUCUCGUUCAUUCCCUGCAUGCUGCAUUUGAGCGAGCCAGUGUGUGUGUUGCACUGUCUUUCGUCCCGAGUUCGCAGCCGAGACCACCAUGGUGGCCUAAGCUUACUGCGGUCUCGGGGGCGACGAAAGGCCAUGCAGCCAGCCAGCUGAUGGAUGGAUGGAGAGGAGACGACAGAGGAUUGUCGUGUGCCGUGCUGUGCCGUGUCAGCCAGCUGCCUGUGUGGACCAGACCAACCCGUGUGAGUGCGUCGUAUGUAUGGCCAUAUGGGCGUAGGCAAUCAAUCGCGCCAUCGGAAUGAA